CUUUCCACUUAGCAUCAUCAUUAUGCGCCCAGUUGAUUACAUUUAAAUUUUCAAAAUACAACACACAAUACAAAAUAUUGGAAUUGAAAGCAAUAAUUAUGGUGGACUACCCGGACAUUCUUAAUUACACACGCGACGAACUAGUGGAAGAGUUUUGCAAACUCUUUGAUCGCUAUCAAGAUUUGCGCGAAGCAAGUGAAGCGGACACACAAAAAAUACACGAAUUGAAAAGGUCGCUUGAAGUGUCAGUGGCUGCCCAAACAUAUCUAUCCCAAGAACUGGAGCAGUAUACAAAUGCCGAAAACAAUGAGCAGGAAAAUGAAUUGCAAAAGGCGCUCAACGAGCUGACAGAGUUAAAGAAACGUUAUGGCAAACUAGAAGCCUCCUACAACGCCCUGCAACAGGAUCAUAACACGCUGUUGGAAGAAAAUGCAAACCUCACCCAUAAUCUGGAGGAAAUAUCGCGGCGCAGAGAUGUGGAACCCUUGGAUGUGACAAACAAAACAUCCGAAGAGGAUUUACAACGCAUACAAAUGCUCGAAAAUGAAAAUAUGGAUUUGCUACAAAAAAUGGAAGAAUUCCAAGAGGAAAUAGUGCGUUAUACCUUGGCCAUAGCUGAGUGUGAGAAAAAUAUUGAAAUUUUAAAAGAUCAAAUUAUUUGCUUAGAAGAGAAUCUGCAAUCAAAGAAAUCCGAUUUGGAAGAAAAGGUGCAGAUAUUGGAAUCCACACAAGAACAAUUGGCUGAAGCAAAUGCCCAAAUUGCUAUGCUAUCAUCGGCUCCAGAAAGCAAUGAUCGCAAAGGAAAUUCCCUAUUUGCCGAGGUGGAUGAUCAACGCCAGGUAAUGAAACAACUAUUGGCUUCACAAAAGAAAAGCUACCUGCAAAUGAAGAAAAUUUACAAUGAAAGUGAACAUGAGAUACGUCGUUUGAAACGAGAAAACAUAGCCAUGCAUACUGAGCUUGAGGCAUGCAGCACUAUAUUCUGCAAUGCUGAUAAAGUAUACCAAGAAAAGCUGAAUCAACGCAUACGUCAAUUGGUGAAUCAGAAUGAAGAACUAGAGCGUAAAUUGAAAUUGAAUCAAGAGCGUCUUAAGGAUUUGGCAAGCGAAAAAAGCAUUCUAUGGCUUGAAUCAAUGCUCAGUUUUUGCAAAAAGGAAACGGAUGACCUCAAGAAACAAUUACACAGUGUACGUUUGCAAAUGGCCUGUUUGGAGGAGCAUCAUAGGAAUUCACAACAGGAUUUGGCAAGAUGGAGAUUUGAGGCCCUAAAAUCACGUUGUUUACUCUUGGACCGUGAACAUUUGCUGACUGAGCAUAAAAUCGAUUUUAAGCCUGUACAUGCUGUGGAGUUUCAUAUACCCGAAAAGCAAUUGAAUGAAGCAAGGCCACGUAUUGUUAGCAAUCGCAGAAGUUUAACUUUUGAUAAUAUGCCACGUAAAUCUACCACACCGCUCAAGGCUAUCAAAGAUGAAAAUGCCAAUACUGUGGGGGAACAUGAGAAUAAUGGCAAGCAAGGACAUUCCAAAGAGCAACUAGAAAAUCCUCCUAUAGAGAAGUUUAAAGUUGAAGAAAUUCAAACUCAACAAAAUUCCAAUGAGGUAGUCAACAAUCCCCUUGAGAUUGAUAAACAAAAUUCUUCGCCAGGAAAAGAUACGGAAGUACCACAAAAUCCUAAUGAAGUUGUUAAGAAAGCUGUUGAGCCUGAUAACCCCAAUUUUUCGGAAGAAAAAGAAACGGAAGUAACACAAAAUCCCCAUGAAGUGAUACACCAAGCCAUUGAGCUUCAUAAUCCAAUAUCGGGUUCGGAAGAAAAAGAGAAUGAAAUACCACCUUCGGUCAUUGGAAAAUUUUCAAAAAUUUCUCCGCAAACUCUUUCACCUAUGCGGCCUUCGCAAAAAUCUCUUUUCCCCAAGGAGCAAGAUGAAUCUUCCACCCCACCAGCUCGUUCUAUUUUGUCCAAACAACGUGGCUUCCUCUCUAAAGAAUCUGGUAAAUCAGUCAAAUUCUCCUCUCAAGAAGACAUAAUUCACAGCUUUAAUCCCCACACUCCCUCACCUACUGAGAAAAGCUUGCCAUCCACCCCAGCUACUGGUACAAGCAAAGAUGAAAAGGCAGGUCCAUCGGCUACAAUUGCUGCCAAUGGUAACAGCAAAGCUGUUGUUAAUCAAUCGCGCACUAAAUCGAAUAUUAUUGUGCGCCGCGUUGUUGUAAGGUCUAAGCACGAUUGAAUGGAUAUUUACAAUUAUAUAAUACUUUUUAAUUUUUUUUUUAUUUUUACAACAUUUUUUGUGUGGCUUUUUACCGUACAUGCAUAAUAUCCUGUAUAUAAGGAUUCAGUCUCUUUUGUGUAAUUUCU